AUGAACGACUUCAAUUUUGGAUCAACCAUAGUAGGCAGAGUCCUACAUCUCAUGAUGCUGUUGAUGAAUAUGCAUCUGAUAAUGCAACAAACUUCUGGAGAAAGUAUCAGAUGGGGCUUUGGCACUCUAGUGGAGCGAUGCUUGACAGAGCUGAGAAAAUUGGGAAUAGAACAGCAACUGUGGGAAGCAUCACGAAAGGAGAUUGACCUGCCAUCUGCAGCUGCAAAUGGCAAUACCAAACCUGCUGCAGAAUCGGAGGCAUCUUCCUGA